AUGAAUCAACCUCAAAUUGGCACUUACAAUGUAGGUACACAGUUAACAGUUGGGUCACAUCAGGUUGAGAUCAUUAAAUAUCUAACAAGCGGUGGGUUCGCUCAAGUAUAUUCCGCGUUAAUCAACCCACCUGACCCACAUUCUAAUUCAAGCGUUGCAUGCUUAAAAAGAGUCAUUGUUCCAGACAAACCUAGUCUAAACACUUUAAGAGCUGAAGUAGAUGCUAUGAGGUUGCUGAAAAACAAUAGGUAUGUUGUAUCUUACAUUGAUUCUCAUGCAGCUAAGGCAAUGUUACAUAAUGGUUCGUAUGAAGUAUUCGUCUUAAUGGAAUAUUGUGAAAGAGGUGGUCUCAUUGAUUUUAUGAACACAAGGCUACAAAACAGGCUUCAUGAAUUUGAAAUUUUGCAAAUAAUGAGCCAAGUUACUCAAGGAGUUGCCGCUAUGCAUGCUUUGCAACCUCCGUUAAUUCACCGUGAUAUAAAGAUAGAAAAUGUUCUUAUCUCAGCCAAUAAUGAGUACAAGCUUUGUGACUUUGGUUCUGUAUGCGGUAUUAUAAGGCCUCCUAGGAAUUCACAAGAGCUAUCAUAUGUUCAGCAAGACAUUUUGAAAAACACAACUGCACAGUACCGGUCGCCAGAGAUGAUUGAUACAUUUCGCGGUCUGCCGAUAGAUGAAAAGUCGGAUAUAUGGGCGCUGGGUAUUUUUCUAUAUAAGCUUUGCUAUUACACAACACCGUUUGAAAAGGGCGGUGAUCUUGCCAUAUUAAGCGGAAAGUUUGAAUUUCCAUUGUAUCCGAACUACAGUGAACAGUUGAAAGGCUUAAUACGUGAUAUAUUGGUUCAAGAUCCGCGCCAUAGGCCUAACGUUUAUCAACUACUGAAGAGGAUAUCAAUUAUGCAAAAUGUUCCGUGUCCAAUAAAUGACAUACAAGUGGUUCAGGCGCCCAGUAGCCAUUUGAAUUUGACCGAACUUCAUCAGCUUUCGGCAACACAAAAUAUUCUAAGCUUGAACUCUCCCACAACCAUGGAAAAUACGAUGCCGAACGCUACAUUUCAAAUCAGCAUGGCUGAUAAUACUACAACAGCACAAAUGCAUCCUAAUAGAAAACCAUCACAAAUAGCAUAUGACGCUAGCUUCAGUAAUUCCGCCAAAGGUUCUCAACCACUUUUUGACAAAUCACAGAAUAUGUACCACGCAUUGGAUCCUCCACUUGUUGAACCGCUAGCGAGUAGUGUUUCAAAUAAUGACAACGAACUCAAGGCAAAUUCCGCAACCAAGUUAAAGCAGGCAAUUGUCUCUGAAGCACAUACUUUUAGGCAGAAUAAUUCAAUAGACUUUCCACUACAAAACAUAAUACCCCAGUACGAAGAUUCUUCUUCCUCUUCAGAUGAAUCUUAUUCUGGAGACGUAGAUGAAUUAAAGAAAACUCGAUCUCUAGGUUCUUAUUCCACACGCGGUAACAUAAAAAAAAACCAAUCCGUAAAGGAAUCUCUUACUUCAUCAAGCCUACCAGGCACUAGCUUCACCCCAACGUCUACAAAGGUAAAUUUGAAACACGAAAAUUCACCUUUUAAGUCGACAUUCGUUAAUACGAUUGAUAAUUCCAAAGACGAUCUUAACAAACCAUCUUAUGAAGAUUUGGACGUAUCUAAGCAGAAUUUGAAGAACUCCAUUCAACAGCGUAUGAUCGAUAAACUCAACUCUUCUGAGGAGUCAUUCAACGCUAGGAAAAUGUCCAAGGUCAAGCUGCAUGAGAAAGGGGAGAUAGAUAAGCCAACAAUGCUGAAAUCAAGUGGCCCGAUUUCAAAAGACAAAAAAACAAAACCUACCCCACCACCUAAGCCUUCACAUUUAAAGCCUAAACCUCCUCCAAAACCACUGCUCCUCGCGGGACGAAAGUUAUCCUUGGAUAAGUGA